GGUCCCCGCUCGCUCUCCCGGGCGGCCUCAGCGGCGGAAGUGGCGCUGCUGGGAGAUCCCCUUCCGCUCGGAGGCGUUGCCGGGGCCGCGGAGCCGGACUGCGGCGGGGGCAGGAAGAGCCGGGGCCAUGGCUGACACGGAGCAGCCCUGCUGCUGACACCCGCAUUCCCACCUUGAGGUGGGGCCCACCAGGAUGAACAAACUGUCUGGGGACUUGGAGCGCAGUCUGCCAGCCGUGGCGUCCCUCAGCUCCUCGCUGCCCCCCAGGCAGGACCUCUCCUCUCACUUCCUCCUGCCACCUCCUGAGAAGCACCGGGCCAUCUCUGAUGUCCGCCGUACCUUUUGUCUCUUUGUCACCUUUGACCUGCUCUUCAUCUCUCUGCUCUGGAUCAUUGAGCUGAAUACUAACACAGGCAUCCAGAAGAACCUGGAGCAGGAGAUCAUCCAAUACAACUUUAAGACCUCCUUCUUUGACAUCUUUGUCCUGGCUUUCUUCCGCUUCUCGGGACUGCUUCUGGGAUACGCUGUGCUGCGGCUCCGGCACUGGUGGGUGAUUGCGGUCACCACACUGGUGUCCAGUGCAUUCCUCAUUGUCAAGGUCAUCCUCUCGGAGCUGCUCAGCAAAGGGGCAUUCGGCUACCUGCUCCCCAUCGUCUCCUUUGUCCUUGCCUGGUUGGAGACCUGGUUCCUUGACUUCAAAGUCCUACCCCAGGAGGCCGAGGAGGAGCGAUGGUAUCUUGCUGCCCAGGCUGCUGUCGCCCGCGGACCCCUACUCUUCUCUGGCUCUUUGUCUGAGGGCCAGUUCUAUUCACCCCCAGAAUCCUUUGCAGGGUCUGACAAUGAAUCAGAGGAGGAAGUCAUUGGAAAGAAAGGCUUCUCUGUGCAGGAACGGGAGUACAUCCACCAGGGGAAGGAGGCCAUGGCAGUGGUGGACCAGAUCUUGGCCCAAGAGGAGAACUGGAAGUUUGAGAAGAAUAAUGAAUAUGGGGAUACUGUGUACACCAUCGAGGUUCCCUUUCAUGGCAAGACAUUCAUCCUGAAGACCUUCCUGCCCUGCCCUGCAGAGCUGGUAUACCAGGAAGUGAUCCUGCAGCCCGAGAGGAUGGUGCUGUGGAACAAGACGGUGACCGCAUGCCAGAUCCUGCAGCGAGUAGAAGACAACACGCUCAUCUCCUAUGAUGUGUCUGCAGGGGCUGCGGGUGGUGUGGUCUCCCCCAGGGACUUCGUGAAUGUCCGACGCAUCGAGCGGCGCAGAGACCGAUACCUGUCAUCAGGGAUAGCUACCACCCACUGCAGCAAGCCCCCAACGCACAAAUACGUCAGGGGAGAGAACGGUCCUGGGGGCUUCAUCGUGCUCAAGGCAGCCAGUAACCCCCGAGUCUGUACCUUCAUCUGGAUCCUUAAUACCAAUCUCAAGGGCCGCCUGCCCCGGUACCUCAUCCACCAGAGCCUGGCAGCCACCAUGUUUGAAUUUGCCUUUCACCUGCGGCAGCGCAUAGGAGAGCUGGGGGCCCGGCUCUAACCACGCCCCUCGCUACCCUGCGGGCCAGGGUCAUGUCGCCACAGCCUCCAGAGCCAGAAAGGGGCCAGUGGGGCUUCCACUGCCUAAGAGGACCUGACCUCAAGCAGUGAGGCGGGAGAGGCUGCACCCACGGCAGCACCUUGGCUACCACCCUCCAGCAUGCCACGCCGUGGCCAGAGCCGUGGCUGCGAGUAGGUUGUGGGGUUGAGUAUCUGGACUCCGGGGCUCUGCCACUGAGGCAAGUGGGGUCUCUCCAGCCAGUGUUUACAUGGUGUCUAUGCCCUCUUGGAGGGGGGACCCUCUGUCCCCUACCUAGCCAGGGACAGGGUCUGGAAUGGGAGCCUCCGACUUGGCUGGGGAGGUCAGGGCCCUGGGAAGGAUAGUCAGGGCAGCCCUGUCACCAGCGUUGAAGUGCAGGAGCCCCUUCCCCUGCCUACUCUGUCGUCGUGGUUUUAAGGGUUAUUUAAAGGAUCUGGGACCUUUGUCCAUGUGCAGUUGUUGGGGAGGGGUGGCAGGUGAGUGUGGUGGGUGCUGGCAGUGAUCCUCUGCCUCUCCCAGGUUCUCUCCCUCCCCCAGGGCCUCCUUGGGGACCUUUGUAAUUUGAGCCACUUAAUAAAAACAUGAACUAAAAAAAAA